UUUAUAGGCUUACCUCUCAAACCUGGACGUGACUUUUGCCUGUUGUUUGCUUUCUUCAAAGACUUUGACAUGUCCAUAGUAAGGCUGCUCCUGUCUUGUCUGUUGUUUAAAGAUACUCUUGCACUAUCAGGAACCUUCUGGCACAUCACGGAUCAGCACUUGGACCCAACAUACAAGCUGACAGAUAAUCCUGAACUUGUGUGCGCAUCAAGUGGUAAACGUCCUGCAACCAAUGCUGGGGCAUUUGGAGACUUUGUUUGUGACUCACCAUGGCACCUUAUCAACUCGUCUGUGUAUGCCAUGAAGGAUAUUCUUCCAGACCCUGACUUCAUCGUAUGGACAGGAGAUGAUACACCACAUAUACCCAAUGAGGACCUGGGAGAAGAAGCAGUGCUCGAAAUUAUCAGCAACCUUACCCACAUCCUAAACCAGGUGUUUCCAAGUACUAAAGUGUAUUCCGCACUGGGUAACCAUGACUACCACCCAAAGAGCCAACUUCCCGCAGGCCCAAGCCACAUGUAUGACCAAAUAGCAGAAAUGUGGAAGGACUGGCUGCAUCCAGAGUCCCAAAGGACAUUUAAAAAAGGUGGAUAUUAUACCGAAAAGCUUCUGCAACGAACAGGGUUUAGGAUGCUGGUCCUCAACACUAAUCUCUACUAUGACCAGAACAAAGUGACUGAGAACAUGGAAGACCCAGCGGACCAGUUUAGCUGGGCGGACCAAGUUCUUACAGAAGCUGCCACCAACAAAGAAAAGGUGUACAUCAUUGGCCACGUUCCCCCCGGUUUCUUUGAGAAGAAGAGAAGUAAGCCCUGGUUCACACCUAAAUUCAACAAACAGUACUUGGAUUUAAUUCAGAAACAUCAUUCGGUUAUACUUGGACAGUUCUUCGGCCAUCAUCACACUGAUAGCUUCAGGAUGUUCUAUGACUCAGCGGGCUCUCCUGUCAGUACCAUGUUCCUCAGCCCCGGCGUCACGCCCUGGAAGACAACACUUCCUGGAGUGGUGGAUGGAGCCAACAACCCUGGGAUUCGUGUCUUUGAAUAUGACACCCAAACACUCCUGGUCAAAGAUCUGGUGACCUACUACCUGAACCUGACUUAUGCUAAUGCAGCCGGGGGACGCUGGGAGAAGGAGUAUCGCUUUACAGAGAGCUUCAGAGUGCCAGACGCUUCACCGUCCUCCAUGCAUAAGGCUCUGGACCGCAUCGCUAACGACCGCUGCUAUCUACAGAAGUACUAUGACUUUAACUCUGUCAGCUAUGACCUGACAGAGUGUGACAGCGACUGCCGUGUUGACCACGUGUGUGCAGCCCGAGAGGUAGAUUUUGAAAGCUAUGAAGGCUGUGUGGUAAAAGAAGGGGCAGCUGCCAUUUAUGGGGGGUUACUGUCGGUCCUCUCAGUGGCUGUAAGUCUGCUGUUAGCAAAUCACUGAUGAUUUUCUUUUUUCUUUUAAAGGUUAUUAUUGAAGCACUAUGGGAAGAUACACUUAAAUUCACAAUAAAGAACAUUAAAAGAGCA